AUGACACCUCUUGAUGUUCUAGAGGAACAUAAGAUCAGUCUGAGGAGGAGAUGUGAAUGUGUGACUGAAGGAAGUGAUGAACCAGGAAGUAGAACCCUCCUCAACAGGAUCUACACUGAUCUCUACAUCACAGAGGGACAGAGUGAAGAGGUUAAUACCCAACAUGAGGUGAAGCAGCUGGAGAGAGCUUCCAGGAUCCAGAACCUCCAUGACUCUCCAAUCAGGUGCCACAACAUCUUUAAAGCCUCACCUGACCAACAUGGAGCCAUCAGAGUGGUUCUGACCAACGGCGUGGCUGGUGUUGGAAAAACCUUCUCAGUGCAGAAGUUCACUCUGGACUGGGCCGAGGGCUUGGAGAACCAAGAUGUCCGUGUGGUGGUUCUGCUGUCGUUCAGGGAGCUGAACCUGAUCAGAGGUGAGCAGCACAGUCUUCUCACGCUGCUCCAUGUUUUCCAUCCAACCCUCCAGAAGCUCCCAGCAGAGCAGCUGGCUCGCCACAAACUUCUCUUCAUCUUUGACGGCCUGGAUGAAAGCAGACUUUCUCUGGACUUCAAGCACAGUCGGCUGGUUUCUGACGUCACACAGAAGUCAUCAGUCGACGUUCUGCUGACAAACCUCAUCAAGGGGAACCUGCUUCCCUCGGCUCUGGUCUGGAUCACCUCCAGACCUGCAGCGGCCAAUCAGAUCCCUCCUUCAUGUGUUGCCAGGGUAACAGAGGUACGAGGCUUCAGCGACGCCCAGAAGGAGGAGUACUUCAGGAGGAGGUUCAGUGAUGAAGAGCUGUCCAGCAGAAUCAUCUCCCACAUCAAGACCUCCAGGAGCCUCCACAUCAUGUGUGGAAUCCCAGUCUUCUGCUGGAUCACUGCUACGGUUCUGGAGAACAUGUUGACCACAGAGCAGAGAGGAGAGCUGCCCAAGACCAUGACUGACAUGUACUCUCACUUCCUGCUGGUCCAGACCAGGAGGAAGAAGAACAAGUACCAUGGAGGACAUGGGAGGAGUCCACAGGAGCUGAUGGAGGCUGACAGGGAAGUUCUCCUGAAGCUGGGGAGGCUGGCGUUUGAACAUCUGGAGAAAGGAAACAUCAUGUUCUACCAAGAAGACCUGGAGCAGUGUGGUCUGGAUGUCACAGAGGCCUCAGUGUACUCAGGAGUUUGUACAGAGAUCUUCAAGAGAGAGAGCGUGAUCUUCCAGAAAGCAGUCUACUGCUUUGUUCAUCUGAGCAUUCAGGAGUUUCUGGCUGCAGUCUACAUGUUCCACUGCUUCACCAGCAGGAACACACAGGUGGUGAAGAACUUCCUGGGAGAUAAAUACAGUGAAACAUCUCUGGAUGACUUCCUGAAGAGAAUCAUGAAUAAAUCCCUCAGAAGUGAAAAUGGCCACCUGGACCUGUUUGCUCGCUUCCUUCAUGGCCUCUCUGUGGAGUCCAACCAGAGACUCUUAGGAGGCCUGCUGGGUCAGACAGAGGACAGUCCAGGAACCAUCCAGAGAGUCAUCAACAACCUGAAGGAGAUGAACUAUGGUGGAAUCUCUCCUGACAGAACCAUCAACAUCUUCCACUGUCUGAUGGAGAUACAUGACCUCUCAGUUUAUCAGGAGAUCCAACAGUUCCUGAAAUCAGAGAACAGAUCAGAGAAGCUCUCAGAGAUCCAGUGCUCAGCUCUGGCCUACAUGCUGCAGAUGUCAGAGGAGGUUCUGGAUGAGUUGGACCUGGAGAAGUACAACACAUCAGAAUGGGGACGACGGAGACUGGUUCCAGCUGUGAGGAACUGCAGAAAGGCUCGACUAGUGGGCAGUAGUCUCUCAAAGACAGAAUGUGAAGUUGUGGCCUCAGCUCUGAAGUCCAACCCCUCCCUGACUGACCUGGAAAUAGAUCAGAUCAGUGAUGUAGGGAGAACCUUUGGAGACUCUGAGAUGAAGCGUCUCUGUGAGAUCCUGGAGACUCCAUUCUGUAAAGUAAAGAAGCUGAGAUUGUAUAACUGCAGUUUGUCAGAGAUCAGCUGUGAUCAUCUGGUAUCGGCUCUGAAGUCCAACCCGUCCCAUCUGACAAAACUGGACCUAAGUGGAAACAACCUGAAAGAUUGUGGAGUGAGGGAGCUAAGUCAUUUCCUCCAGACUCCCCUCUGCAAACUACAGAGACUGAGAUUGAUAGGCUGCAGUUUGUCAAAGAUCAGCUGUGAUUAUCUGGUAUCAGCGCUGAAGUCCAACCCGUCCCAUCUGACAGAACUGGACCUGAGCUACAACAACCUGAAGGAGUCAGAUGUUCAGCAGCUGGAGGAUCUUGUAAAGAGUCCAGACUACAAACUGAAAAAUCUGAGGUGGAGGUGAUGAUCUUAGUGGAGGAGAGCAGCUGAGCUGUCCUGAUGAUCCAGAGGUUGAAGCUGCAGCAGUUAAAGAGACUCUGACUGGA